CCAAACGUGAUGACGUUUGGAGAACAACAUGGCUGAGGGAGGCAGAAGUAGCUUUCAUAAUAUUAAUACAACAAUAGAAAAGACAGACGAUUCAGAUGUAGACUUUAGUGGGAUAAAUACCACCGCGUAGUGUAAAUAUGGCCCAUCGUUAUCUCUUUCUGUCGAGGGGCUGUGGGAAUUUGUUAAAAAGCAUAUUAUCACCAAAUAGCGUCAGACAAGCACGGCUUGUGGUCUCAGGACAUGCUGACAGUCUGCUUGCUGUGAAAAGGGGAGGGGUGAUUACCAAUGUCUUAGGUGCACAUAGAAGAUUCUUGUGUUCAAAGCCUCCUAAAGGAUUCGAGAAGUACUUCCCCAAUGGAAAAAAUGGCCCCAGAACCAGUGAGCCCAAACCAGAGGCUAAAGAGGCCACUCCGACAAAUGGGCAUAGCGCCAAUGGGAGAUCGGCUAAAGGCGGAGGCGGAGGCACUUCAGGAGGCGGAGGAAAGAAAGGGGAAAGGAAGGAGGACUCUACCUGGUGGAGUAGAUUGCAGAAGGGGGAUGUGCCUUGGGACGAUAAGGAUUUCCGGUUCUACUUUCUCAGUGGGGUAGCCUUCUGGACAGCGGUCAGCUACUACUUCAUUUUCCGAAAUGCUGGCAGUGAGGUCACCUGGAAGGACUUUGUCAAUAAUUAUCUCUCCAAAGGAGUUGUGGACAGACUGGAGGUGAUUAACAAACGCUAUGUCAGAGUAAUCUUCCCCCCUGGAAAGAUGCCAGUUGAUGGACAAUACGUGUGGUUCAACAUCGGCAGCGUGGACACGUUUGAGCGCAAUCUGGAGACGGCACAUGCUGAGAUGGGCAUCGAGGGAGAGAACAGGUUGCCUGUGGUCUACUCUACAGAGAGCGAUGGGUCAUUUCUGUUGAACAUGCUCCCCACGGUGCUGAUCAUUGGGUUCCUGCUGUACACGCUACGGCGGGGCCCUGCGGGGGGCGGGCGCCCUGGCCGAGGCAUGGGCGGGCUCUUCAGCGUGGGCGAGACCACCGCCAAGGUGCUGCGCAACGAAAUCGACAUCAAGUUCAAAGACGUGGCGGGCUGCGAGGAGGCCAAGCUGGAGAUCAUGGAGUUCGUCAACUUCCUGAAGAACCCCAAGCAGUACCAGGACCUGGGGGCUAAGAUCCCCAAGGGAGCCAUUUUGACAGGACCUCCUGGCACCGGGAAGACUCUGCUAGCCAAGGCCACCGCCGGAGAGGCCAACGUCCCCUUUAUCACUGUUAAUGGCUCUGAAUUCCUGGAGAUGUUUGUGGGUGUGGGGCCAGCCAGGGUGCGGGACUUGUUUGUGAUGGCCAGGAAGAAUGCCCCCUGCAUCCUGUUCAUCGACGAGAUCGAUGCGGUCGGGCGCAAACGGGGGCGGGGCAACUUUGGGGGCCAGAGCGAGCAAGAGAACACCCUAAACCAGCUGCUGGUGGAGAUGGACGGGUUCAACACAACUACAAACGUUGUGGUGCUGGCAGGGACCAAUCGGCCUGACAUUCUGGACCCGGCGCUUAUGAGGCCUGGGCGCUUCGACAGGCAAAUAUACAUUGGACACCCUGACAUUAAGGGUCGGGCCUCCAUAUUCAAAGUGCACCUUCGGCCCUUGAAGUUGGACGCAGCCAUGAAUAAGGACUCGCUGGCCAGAAAGAUGGCUGCAUUAACACCAGGCUUCUCUGGUGCCGACAUUGCUAAUGUCUGUAAUGAGGCCGCGCUGAUUGCAGCUAGACACCUCUCAGAUGCCAUCUGCCAGAAACACUUUGAGCAGGCCAUCGAACGUGUGAUAGGAGGUCUUGAGAAGAAGACUCAGGUCCUUCAGCCCGAGGAGAAGAAGACUGUGGCAUACCAUGAGGCCGGGCAUGCAGUCGCAGGCUGGUACCUGGAGCAUGCAGACCCCCUGCUGAAGGUGUCUAUCAUUCCGCGGGGGAAGGGGCUAGGCUAUGCCCAGUAUCUGCCCAAGGAACAGUAUCUGUACACGAAGGAGCAGCUGCUGGACCGCAUGUGCAUGACAUUGGGCGGGCGUGUCGCUGAAGAAAUAUUCUUUGGCAGAAUCACCACCGGAGCACAGGAUGACCUGAGGAAGGUCACACAGAGCGCCUACGCUCAGAUCGUCCAGUUUGGGAUGAAUGAGAAGGUGGGUCAGGUGUCAUUCGACAUCCCACGGCAGGGCGAGAUUGUGCUGGAGAAGCCCUACAGCGAGGAAACUGCACGUCUCAUUGACACAGAGGUGCGCCACCUCAUCAACACUGCCUAUGAGCGCACCCAGGCCUUACUCUCCCAGAAGAAGGCUGAGGUGGAGAAGGUGGCUCUGCGACUUUUGGAGAAAGAGGUUCUGGACAAAAGUGACAUGGUGGAGCUUCUUGGGCAACGUCCAUUUGCAGAGAAGUCAACCUAUGAAGAGUUUGUGGAGGGCACGGGGGGUAUGGAGGAGGACACCACCCUGCCCGAGGGGUUGAAGGACUGGAACAAGGAGCGCGAAACGGAGAAGGAGGAGAGCACAGAGGAGCAGAUCGCUCGACAGAUCACCGGCGGAAUGCCCUUUUGAACUCCUCCCAUGGCCCAGGCUGUGGGAUAGGGCAUGGCUUCAUCUUCUCACGGAAGCCCAGACUCAGGGUAUGUCGUCACUUGAUAAUAAGUGUUUAUGUUUACUUUCAUGUUGUGGAAUACAGAUAAAAUAUUUAAAAUGUUUGGCUGCUUUGUGGAAAAAUGUGUCAUUUGAAGAACAUUUUUUUUGCUAAUUUAAUCUGCUUCUGUGAAGUAGACAAGUCUGUGAAUGCCAUUGUAUAAAUUUGAGCUAUUACUAUAAACACACAAAUGAAGUGCAUUCUUCAGAACGAAGAAAGCUAGUUUAAUGUAUGAUAUGAUACAAAGUAUAGCUUGCCUGGCAGUGGAGCAGUUGCUGUUUUUAAGCAGACAUCAGUCCUUAGACAUCAUAUUGUAUGCGAGUGAUCGUAAUGGCUAAUGCAUCAUUGUGCAGGUAAUAUAACGAUUGUGAUCAUUUGACAACACGACAACACAGACAUGCUACCCUGCUUCUGGCACAUCUCACUGCCUUGCUGUACAGACUUGGCUCUGACCUGAGGACAGUCAUCAGAUGUCCGUCAUUCAAAUCUACAUCCCGAACGUUCCCUGUCCCUUGAAGGGCAGUUUAAGUCUCACCUGCUAUAGGAAGCCUAUCUGUUGUUUUAAUUAGUUAAAUGAUGCACUAAUUACACCACUGGUUGUAUGGAUUUGGAUAUGAUGUAUGGAUUUGGAUUAACGCUAUUUCUUGGAGGAAUAAAAAUCAACAGGCCUUCAUUAAAGCCAGAUAUUCUGUC